CCUUCCUCAAUGCCAUGAAUGUCACUGAAUGCAGAAAUGACAAGCUUACAUACAGCAUUUUUGGUAGUUGUUUGUGUUUCUUACCAUCCCGUAUCAAGUAACCCGUCGUAUUGGUGGAUUGAUGAAAGACUGUAGCAUACAACUGACCGCCAGAUAUGUAUCCAGAAUAAGACCCCCACAUAGUCAAGCUGUGUACAAGAUACCGUCCUAACAAUUUGCCUACUAAAUUUGUAUGGGCAUUAGAUAGAGUCGUACUUUUUAUAAAACGUACGAAGUACUUCAUGCUUAGUAGGUCAAGGUACUACGUAAGUUAUCGCAAAUUCGACCCGAAAAUCCAUCACGGUCCCUCGAACUGAUCAGCCAAGUGGAGUGACGAUUUUGGAUCCUUGCCGGGUGGUGAAGAGAAGAGGACAGGAUAAAAUGUACUUUCGUCGCCAGUCCCGUCCUUUCCUCAGGAUUAUAUCAGUGUUCUCCCGGGAUAAAUAUACCUAAUAAUAAGUAACCAUAUUACUGAACUUCAAGUUGCCACUCCCAAAAAACUAUGGCCAUGCAUCUCUCAUCACUCUACCUCUCCUUCUUCGCCGCUUUCGACGUGGCCCUCGCAACUAAGUUCAACAUAACAGCCAUCGGCGCCAAGAACGGCAGUUCGCGGUUUGAGUGCUGGGAGCUUGCCGCGCCGUUCGUCUCAUCCAGCCAGAAUGGCAUUGUCGGAACCCAGACGGCGUUUCUAGGGGACGUUUCCAACAUGACCUACAAUGUCAUCCCCUCGAAUUAUGACAGCAUACCCCACAGUGCGCCUAGAAACCAAUGGAUUAUCGUCCUGAAUGGGGUGGCAGUUAUAACGUUACCAGACGAUAGCUCUGUUACGUACACGGCGAUGCCGGGAGAGGCGGGCGUACUAUUCGCGGCGGAUACUCCGGACGUCAGCCGCCAAGGUCAUGGUAAUUACUUCCCGGGCGUCACGGAAACCAUCUUCCUACAGAUCCCGACGAAGGACAACGCGAUCCCGGAACAUACGGUGCUCCGUGAAGAUGGCCCUUGCAUUGCGGAUAAGUACACGGCGUUAAGGGGGUGGGCAACCGGUUGAUCCUUUGCCCGUGGUAGAGAAUGGUUCCUAUGCUAUGCGGAGGUAAGGUGCCUUACCUAGCAUUUGGUUGUGAUGGACUCUUAUGAUGUACAUUAUUUUAAUGAUCCUGACGAUCUGAUGAAUAUAUAACCC